AUGGAUGAUGAAACUUUCUAUUCAAGAUUUUCACCAGCUAGAAAGAAGUUGUUUGUGUUCAUUGUGUCAUUGUCAUGUUUCUUAUCUCCAAUCAGUUCAAUGGCCUUCCUACCUGCAGUUUCCAUUAUUGCAGAAAGAUUCAACACAACAGGUACAAUCAUCAAUGUUUCAAAUGCUGUUUAUUGUAUAGUAAUGGCUAUUUCCCCUUGCUUGCUAGGUCCAUUUGGUUAUCUAUAUGGAAGAAGAGUUACAUUCAUACUGUGUCUGUCGUUAUUUUGCGUGGCAUCUGCUUUAACUGCAUUAUCACAAAAUCUUGCAAUGUUCUUUAUAUUCAGGGCACUAUCCGCAUUGUUCGGUACUCCAUUCUUUUCAGUAGGUGCUACAGUUAUUGGUGAUAUUUACAAACCUGAGGAGAGAGGUGCUGGUAAUGCUUGGACUUUGUCUGGAAGUCAAUUAGGGCCUGCAAUAGGUCCUGUUAUCGGUGGUAUCUGUGUUACAUAUACAAGUUGGAGAGUGAUUUUUUGGAUUCAAUUUGGGCUAGGUGUAUUGGAUUUGAUACUUGCUACAUUGUUUCUACCUGAGACUGGUAGAAAUAUUGUUUCUGUUCAAAUAAAGAAAGAAACUGGGAAGAAAAGAGUAUAUUGGAUCAAUUAUAACCCAUUCCGUGUUAUUCUUGCAUUCAAAUAUAAAAACUUGAUUUUGGCUGGUAUUGUCAGCUGCUCUUUGCAUUAUAAUAUGUACUCACUUUUAACUCCAAUUAGAUAUGUUGUGGAUCCAAGAUUCAAUCUAGAAGAUCCAGUUUAUGGUGGGUUGUUUUAUUUAGCACCGGGAUGUGGGUACAUUGUUGGUUCAUUUUUUGGAGGCAGAUUUGCAGAUUACUAUGUGAAGAAAUAUAUCAAAAUCAGAGGGAAAAGAUUACCAGAGGAUCGACUACGUUCAAUGCCAAUAGCUUAUGGUUUUUUCAUUCCUGUAACGAUUUUGAUUUAUGGCUGGACUUUAGAGAAGGAAAAGGGUGGUAUGGCCGUUCCAAUAAUUAUGAUGUUCAUUGGUGGUUGCGCACAAACUAUUUGUUUCCCAAGUGUCAACACCUAUUGUGUUGAUUCAAUGCCUCAUUUGAAAGGUGAUGCUAUUUCAGGUAAUUAUGCAAUCAGAUUCAUCGCAGCUGCUAUUGGGACAGCUACAGUUUUGAUUCAAAUUCAGCAUAUUGGAAUCGGCUGGACUUGUACAAUAUCUGCUGCAUUUUUAUGGGUGGGAUUUGGCUGCUUGUACUUAUUGAUACGUUAUGGAGAACAGAUGAGAUGUCAGUAUGAUGAAAAGAAGGAGGAAAUUAGUGAGACGUGA